CGAGUUGGUCCGUUCUGUACCCGGAAGUGCUGAGGAAGAACUUAUUUCAAAGUGGAGUUUUGCCCUUUCUUCCGCCCUCACGUGUGAAUGGAUCGCCUGUUGCGCGCCUGCUCAUGAAUAUGCAGAUUGUAUGCUAAUGAGGCCCGGGCAGCGUGUACUGCAGGGUGAAGCCAGAGCUCACAGGGCACAGCGCCGCGUACAGGACGGAGCCGGGGCCCGGUGGAACACGGGGGCCUGAAGACGCGGGAUUAUCGGAGCAACGAAACCGCAGCGUCCACCGGAGCUUUAUUGUCUUCUCAGCCAGGCCUCCGGGGAAAGUAAGCCGGCGGUAUGGAUCCUCCAGCCGGGGGAGGCGGCUAUGGAGGUGGGGGACCUCCCGCUCCCACCAAGAGCACCAAGGAGAAGAAGAAGCUGAAGAACCCUGAGGAAGGAGGAGGCGAAAAGUCCAAGAAAUUUACAUUUAAACGUCUCAUGGUAGAUGAGCUGGAAAGAUUCACAAGUAUGAGGAUAAAAAAGGAGAAGGAGAAACCUUAUAUGUCCCACAGAAACUCUGCAAACUACACAGACAACCCUCUGCAGACUCUACAGGAACUCUCUGACGAUACUGUGCUGCAGUUGUUCGAGCAGAUGUUGAAUGACAUGAACCUCAAUGAAGAGAAACAGCAGCCUUUACGGGAGAAAGACAUCAUGAUAAAACGAGAAAUGGUCUCCCAGUAUUUGCACACAUCAAAAGCGGGUAUGAACAAAAAGGAGAGCACGAGGUCUGCGCAAAUGUAUAUCCAGGAUCUGAAAUCUGGUCUGGGGGACUCCAACCUUUUGGCCUGUUUAGAGUCCCUGAGAGUUUCUUUAAAUAAUAAUCCAGUCAGCUGGGUGCAAAAUUUUGGCGCAGAAGGUCUAGCCUGUCUCCUUGAGAUACUCAGACGACUACAAGAUGAUCAGACAGGUCCUCGUGAUUCCAAGAGUGAACAUGAAAUCAUCAGAUGUUUGAAAGCUUUUAUGAACAAUAAUUUUGGUAUAAAGACCGUGCUGGAAGCAGAAGAUGGAGUUUUACUAUUAGCAAAAGCCGUGGAUCCCUCCGUUCCUGCCAUGAUGAUCGAUGCAUUGAAGUUGCUCUCUGCUAUGUGUAUUCUUCCGCAACCUGAGGACAUGAAUGAACGAGUCCUCGGAGCUCUAACGGAUAGAGCAGAAAUGUGUGAAAUGGAAAGAUUUAAGCCUCUUCUCGAUGGGUUGAAAAGUGGCCCAGUUGCACUUAAGGUGAGCUGUAUGCUCUUAAUCAAUGCCUUGAUCAUCCAAGGGGAAGAACUGGAUUUCCGAAUCCACAUACGAAGUGAACUGAUGCGUUCAGGACUGAAUAAUUUGCUGAAGGAACUGCAAACUAUGGAGAAUGAUGAGCUGAAGGUGCAAGUGAAUGUGUUCCUGGAACACAGCGAGUAUGACGCCGAUGACUUGCGUGGGCGUCUGGAAGACAUUCGUGUUGAAAUGGAUGAUGUCCAAGAAAUCUUCCAGGUUUUGCACAACACUGUGAAAGACUCAGCAGCAGAACAGCUGUUCCUCUCUAUCUUGCAGCAUCUCCUGCUGAUCCGAAAUGACUAUGAUGCCAGACCACAGUACUACAAGCUGAUCGAUGAAGUAGUGUCACAGGUAAUCCUGCACAAAAAUGGAGCCGACCCGGACUUCAAAUGCAAACGUUUAAGCAUUGACAUCGAAGGCCUAAUAGAUCACUUGAUUGAUAAGAAAAAGGUGGAAACAAGUGAGAUCAAGGCUCGGGAUCUGGUGAAAAAGCUGGAUGCAGAAAUCACAGCAAGGCAUGAACUCCAGGUGGAAAUCAAAGCCAAAGAAGGCGAAUUUGAGCAGAAAUUUUCAGAUCUUCAAGGAGAGAAACAAACGCUGGAUACUGAAAAGCAGCAGAUUGCAACUGAGAAGCAAAAACUUGAAACUGAAAUGGCUCAGCUUUCUGAAUCUAUUGCUAAACUGACAAAGGAACUUGAAGACACAAAAAAAGAAAUGGCCACAAUGUCAGUCUCUACUGUUAUUGUACCAGUUCCUCCUCCAAUCCCAGGAUCAGGGCCACCUGUUCCUCCUCCACCACCACCACCUCCUCUGCCAGGAGGAUUUGGAGGGCCUCCGCCUCCACCACCUCCUCCUCCUCUUCCAGGAGGACCUGCUAUUCCUCCUCCUCCUCCGCCACCUCCACCCCCAUUUGGUGGUGGACCUCCACCUCCUCCACCACUGCCAGGAGCUUUUAGUGGGGGGCCUCCUCCACCCCCACCACUUCCAGGUGCUCCUUGCAUUCCUGCCCCACCGCCUUUUCCAGGGGCUCCGCCUCCGCCUCCCCUUUUUGGUGGUCCUGGGAUACCGCCACCUCCACCUUUCCCUGGUGGACCUGGAAUUCCUCCACCACCGCCAGCUUUUGGCGGCCCUCCUCCUCCACCAGGACUUGGUGGCUGGGGUGCACCUGCUCCACCGGCCCUACCUUUUGGAUUAGUUCCGAAGAAAGACUACAAACCAGAAGUGCAACUGAAACGACCAAACUGGUCAAAGAUUACUCCCAGAGAGCUCUCCGAGAAAGCUUUCUGGACCCAGGCAAAAGAAGACAGAUUUGAGAAAGACGAGCUGUUUGCAAAAAUAACCCUCACCUUCUCUGCACAGACCAAGUCUUCCAAAGGGAAGAAAGAGCAAGAAGUUGAUGAUAAGAAAGGCCCACCAAAGAAAAAGGCAAAAGAACUCAAAGUAUUGGAUUCGAAGACUGCUCAGAAUCUUUCCAUCUACUUGGGCUCAUUCCGUAUGCCCUAUGAGGAGAUUAAAAAUGUCAUCCUUGAAGUAAAUGAAGAAGUGCUGACGGAAUCUAUGAUUUCAAACCUUAUUAAGCAGUUGCCAGAAGCCGACCAACUUCAGAGGCUGGCAGAGUUUAAGGAUGAAUACAAUGACUUGGCAGAGCCUGAGCAGUUUGGAGUUGUGAUGUGCAGUGUCCCCCGCUUAAGACCUCGCCUCAAUGCCAUCCAGUUUAAGCUCCUCUUCAAUGAGCAAAUUGAGAACAUCAAGCCAGAGGUCGUGUCAGUGACCGCUGCGUGUGAAGAGGUGAAAAAGAGCAAAAGCUUUGCCACCCUCUUGGAAAUCACACUUCUUGUGGGCAAUUUUAUGAAUGCUGGAUCCAGGAAUGCUGGCGCUUAUGGUUUUGAUAUUAGCUUCCUGUGUAAGCUUAAAGAUACCAAGUCAGCUGACCAGAAGACUACGUUGUUACAUUUUCUUGCUGAAACCUGUGAACAAGAUUACCCUGAUGCGUUACAGUUCCCUGAUGAGCUGGUCCAUGUAGAAAAAGCCAGCAGAGUGUCCGCUGAAACAUUGCAAAAGAAUUUGGAUCAAAUGAAAAAGCAAAUUUCAGAUCUGCAGCGAGACAUUGACAACUUCCCCCCCUCAAACAAUGAGAAGGAUAAGUUUGUGGAGAAAAUGACUAUAUUUGUUAAAGAAGCCCAAGAACAAUAUACAAAGUUGUGCAUGAUGCAUGACAACAUGUUGGCAUCGUUCCAAGAAUUGGGGCAGUACUUUGUAUUUGACCCCAAGAAGGUCACUAUUGAGGAAUUCUUUGCAGAUUUGAACAACUUCCGAAACAUGUUUGUGCAAGCUAUGAAAGACAAUCAGAAGAGACGAGAAGCUGAAGAAAAGCUUAGAAGAGCCAAGCUGGCCAAAGAAAAGGCCGAGAAGGAGAAGCUGGAGAAACAACAGAAGAAGGAGCAGUUAAUAGACAUGACUGCAGAGGGUGAUGAGACUGGUGUGAUGGACAGUCUGCUAGAGGCGCUACAGUCCGGAGCCGCCUUCAGAAGAAAACGAGGUCCACGCCAAGCGAAUAGAAAAGCUGGCUAUGCCGUUACCUCGCUGCUAGCAUCCGAACUGACCAAGGAUGACGCAUUAACAUCGGUGAGUGCUAAGAAGAAGAAAUCUGACGGUGAAGACUUGAUUGGAAUGGACAUUGGUCAUGAAGAUAAUCCAGAUAUGCUCACACGCUCAAGUUAACCAUACAGUGUGAAAUAUACAUAGAACAGCUGAGCAUGUGGAAGACCUCAUAGGAAUUACCGAGGCCAAUUUCCAAAGGCUUGUGUCAAAGAGGAGAUGGGAUGUUUAACAUUUGGUUUGCUGUGUUGGUCAUAGGAGAACGGUGCCAAUCAAUGGUCUUCAUUUUCUUGAAAUUCUUCCUUUUAGUAUACAUGUGGCAGGUGUUGGUAACAUAUGCUUGUUGUGGGUGGUACAGCAGUGUGCAGGGCUUCAAUAAACUUCAGCAUGAAGCCCUCCACAUACAGAGAAAGAUGUAGACAACCUAACCAAAGUAUGGACUAGUGUAUAUGCAAUUCUGCCUUAAUUUGUCCGUUUGCUUACCUCUUAUGGAUGGAGAAGAUCAAUAUCACUGUAAUGUAAAUUGCAAUUUUAUUUAUCCUGGUAUUCUUGUGGCUCAUCAUUGAUUACAUUGGUCAGAUUGAACUGAUACCUAUUGCUGGAAACUUCUGUCUGUUCUACUAUUUGCUCUACAUGUAGUCACUUGAAGAUCCAUUGAUGAUGGUACCAUCUUACCAAGUCCUACAGACAUGAGAUGCCAUAUUUUGUAUUUUUUCAGCUUGUUGUUUUUGCCUUUUUAUGGCAUGUAUCAUAUAGGAUCAAUGAUAACAUAAAAAUUCUACGACCUGCUGACCGCACUAGGUCUGUAAUACCUCAGACACCUAGUUUAAAUGUUUACCAGGGACUUUGGGCUUAUGGGAUGACCAUGUACUGAUCACUUCAUCCUAGGAUCACUUUCUUCUUUUAAUCCCUGGUGGAUUGAAAAUGCUUUUUGGACAGGCUGGUGUGCACGCUGUAGUAUUCUGCUUUAGGUGAUUUCAAUGUGUACCUGUGUUAUCAGCAUAUCAAUCCUAUACUAGAUCUGUAGUGCUCAAUUCUUGUAUUUUCGCUGCACAUGUUUUACUUUUGGAAAUGGAACUAUUUUUGCAUUUUUAAGCCCUUUUCUUGAAUGUAAUAUAAGACCCUCAUUGACUGCCACUAGCCCUUGGCCCACCUGGCAGCCUCAUCUUCUCUUUCAUUAUUCAGCCAUCUUUGUUUUUAGUUUGGAGCACAUUCAUGGUCCAGUUCUGACUAUACAACAGCAAAAAGAUGUAGUCCAACACUGCAAAUAAAAAAAAAAGAGAGGAAAAUGUGUUUCCAGGAUGCUCUGUCAUUUAAAGUAAUGUUUUAUUUUAUACAUAAAUAUAUAAUUGAUUUAUAGGAUUAUUAUAUUUAGGAUUCUACAGUAUUCCUACAUAGAAUCGUGUGACAGUAAUAUAAUUUGAUCAUAGGCUUUAUUGCAUUGUAUCUUAACGGUUGACUCAUCGGUGCUGUAUCAGUACUAGAUGGGCUCGAUUAGAAUUUAUGGGGUAGGGGCACCAUCGUAGUCCAUUUAAAUUGCAGUCUACACAUAGUGAACUUUUAGGAAGACUUUAGCGUACUUAGAUGUUAGAUCCACUAAACUUUAUAGUCACAAUAUUUUGUUAGAUACAUUUUUGAAUUAUACAAAUGUAUCAGAUACAUAGUUUUGUUUCAACAAUAGGAUCUGUUUUGUCUUUUUUUUUUCUUUUUUUUUUCUUGACAAGCUUGAAUACUUCUCUUCAUGCACAGAUGUCAAAAGCUGAUCCAUUUUGGGAUGCGGAGGCCUUCCCGGUGACAUCAGGACACCCUUCCUUUUAAUUCUUUUUAUAAAAAUACUGAAUAUUUCAUCACUAAGCACAAAAAAAUUUGAAUGUGAACACCAGCAUCUACUAAAGAAACGCUCAAAGAAAAUGUGCAAAAUAGUGCUAAUGUGCACUUCUACUACUAUGGAGCAUUGCACUUCUAACUACAUGUAGCGAAAGAGUGGCCAUAAUCUCCUGAUUUGCUCCUGAGGUUUUUAGUCUGGAAUUUAAGUUACAUGUCUGGAUCCCUAUUGUUCUGUUACUAUUAGGCUACUUCGGCACAGAUUCUGUCUAAAAAUUGAGGGGGCUCCUUGUUUUUUGGGCAGCAGAAUAUGUGCCACUGAAAUUCCAUAGUUUACUAUGUGCAGAGGAAUUGCGUUGCCAGCAAUAGGAUUCUGCUGUAUCAAAAUUUGAACAAAAAUUCUUAAGCAGAAUUUCAGACAGAAAUUCUAUAGUGUGAACCUAGCCUUAGUGUGUAUAGUCUUCAGCUGAGCCUAUUUUCACACUGGAUUAUUGUCCCCUUACAUCUCUCUUUAUUAUUCUCAGGCAAAGAAUUGGCCAUACUUGCCUUCAUGGUAUGGGGGUGGAGAUCAUUUUGACCCCAUUGUUGAGAUGCUGAGAGUCACUAGGAAUGGUUUUCUUAAUAACUUAAAGGGAGCCUGUCAAUUGAAUAUUUAGUUCAAUCCAUAGGCAGCAUGUUAUAGAUAAUAAUAAAAAAAUUAUAUAUAUAUAUAUAUAAUAUAUAGUGUAAAGUUCCAGG